UUGCUGUGACUCGUUGCCGUCGUCGAGGUAAUCGGCGCUACGGUUGUCAAUUUUCGAUGAUAAUUUACAGAUAAAUUAUCGGUAUUUCGGUGUUGCACCUGAGCCAGCUAAACGCAAAUUGAUCGGCAAUCGCCACGAGUCACGGCUAGCGGCGGCCAGUCGCAAAUCACAACACAAUAGUGGCGGUAACCGCAGUAGGGACUACCAAACGCAAACAGCCGCGGUAGCAUUCGGUCGUCUCGUGCACUUCAAGGAAAUCGUUCGGCGCGACCUGUUUUUUUUAAAAUUAUAAUAUACUUCCCGUGUUAAUCGGGUUAUAUUAGCGUUGCCCGGCGUUAAUAAUACACGUUUGAUGCCUACAUCAGUGGUGCUUUUAUAAUAGUAUAGUAGUAGGUUGUAUAUAGUAGUGGUAGUAGUUGUAGAUCGGUUCGUCCAGCUGUAUUUCAAUGCUAACCGCUCGUCGCCACCGCCACCUUUUUUGACAAUAUUGACAUUCAACGUAUCUGCGUAUUGGACAAGUUCAGACCGCGAUUGUGGAUAAAAAAAUUAAACGCCGCUGAUUUUGUUGUGAAAUCUACGUUUUUACCGCAGUAAUCGACGAUAUUUUUGGUUUUUUGUUCAACCACUUGUUGAUACUGUCAUCUCACCUCGCAUUUUAAACGUUGCAAGUGAACAUGGACGAUUCAAAAGGUGUUAGGAUAGAGACGACUGUCGUAUCAGAAGAACCAUUAAUAAGUUCUCUAGACAUAGCACUUUUAGUAGUAAUAAUGACUGUAGCAUAUUUUUGGUAUUUUAAAAGAGAUAAACAGUCUAGUGCACCAGAAAAGAAGCCUUAUACUAUACAACCUACUACUAUGAACUCUUUUGGCCAACCGUCAAGUAGUUCUUUUAUAAAAAAACUCAAGUCAACGGAUCGUAGCCUAGUAGUUUUUUACGGCAGUCAAACUGGAACUGCAGAAGAAUUUGCAGGUAGGAUAGCCAAAGAAGGUGCGAGGUACAAAAUGAAAGGAAUGGUUGCUGAUCCUGAAGAAUGUGAAAUGGCAGACUUGGUUCAAAUGAAGGAAAUACCAAAAUCUAUGGCCAUUUUUUGUCUAGCAACAUAUGGUGAGGGUGACCCUACAGAUAAUGCUAUGGAUUUCUAUGAAUGGCUUCAAAACGGAGACGCUGACCUAGAAGGAUUGAAUUAUGCAGUAUUCGGAUUAGGAAAUAAAACAUAUGAACAUUAUAAUGAAGUUGCUAUUUAUGUGGAUCAACGUUUGGAGGAAUUGGGGGCAACUAGAGUUCACGAAAUCGGUUUGGGUGAUGAUGAUGCAAACAUUGAAGACGAUUUUGUUUCAUGGAAAGAAAAACUGUGGGAAAAUGUUUGCUCACAUUUUGGCAUUGAAGAAAUGGGCGAAGAAACCAACGUUAGACAAUAUAAGUCUGUAGAUUGUUCUGCAGUUUUACCUGAACGGAUAUAUACUGGUGAAAUAUCACGACUUAAGUCUUAUGAAAACCAAAGAUUCCCAUUCGACGUGAAGAAUCCAUACUUAUCAUCAAUUUUAGUCAACCGAGAAUUGCACAAAUCUGGUGGUCGAUCAUGUAUGCAUAUAGAGUUUAACAUUGAUGGUUCAAAAAUGAGGUACGACACGGGAGAUCAUGUAGCGGUUUAUCCAAAAAACUCACCAGAUCUAGUCGAACGGCUUGGACAGCUGUUGAAUGUUAACUUGGACACUGUGUUUUCAUUGUUGAACACCGAUGAGGAAUCAAGUAAAAAGCAUCCGUUCCCUUGUCCGUGCACUUAUAGAACAGCACUUACGUAUUAUUUGGAUAUAACGUCCAAUCCCCGCACUCACAUCAUGAAAGAAUUGGCAGAGUAUGCAAGUGAUCCAAAAGAACAAGAGAAAUUAAAACUUAUGGCCAGUUCUUCGCCAGAAGGCAAAAAAGAGUUUCAUGAAUGGGUGUUGCACAACAAUCGUAAUAUUGUCCACAUUUUAGAAGAUUUACCGAGCGUAAAGCCAGAUUUAGACCAUUUAUGUGAGCUUCUGCCGCGUUUACAGUGUCGUUAUUAUUCAAUAUCGUCAUCACCAAAAGUAUAUCCAAAGUCUAUACACAUAACUGCAGUAAAAGUGGAAUACGAUACACCGACUGGUCGAGUAAACCAAGGUGUUGCUACUUGUUUGUUAUCUCAGUUAAUACCAAUAGAUAAUCAACUACCGGCUCCUACCAUACCAAUAUUCAUUAGACGAUCUCAGUUUAGGUUACCCCCAAAAAGUCAAACUCCAGUUAUAAUGAUUGGUCCAGGUACAGGAUUAGCCCCGUUCAGAGGUUUCAUUCAAGAACGAGAUUUUGCACGAAAAGAAGGUAGAGAAGUUGGACAAAUGAUAUUGUACUUCGGUUGCCGAAAAAAGGAAGAGGAUUAUAUUUACGAAGAAGAAUUAAAUGAGUAUUUAAACAAUGGAACUUUGACAAAGCUUCACUUGGCCUUUUCUCGUGAUCAACCAGAAAAAUUGUACGUCACCCAUCUGUUAGAAGAAAGCGCCGAUGAACUUUGGAAUGUAAUUGGUGAAAAUAACGGCCACUUAUACGUUUGCGGUGAUGCAAGAAGUAUGGCCAAAGACGUACAUUCUAUCAUUGUUAAAGUCGUUAUGGAAAAAGGUCAAAUGAACAACAGCCAAGCGCUGAAUUAUGUUAAGAAAAUGGAACAACAAAAAAGAUAUUCUGCUGAUGUCUGGAGCUGAUGCGUUUAAAUAUCUAAGUUAAAUAAAAACACCAUAUUAUAAGUUUUUAUUGAAAAUCUAGUUCAGUAAGCUUUUGUUCACCAAUCAAUAAUGUGUUUGUAUAUAUAUUUUUAUUUAUAAAUAUACAGACAGGUCGAAGUGCUUAGUAUUGAAUGAUGGUUCUGGUUAUUAGUGGAGUAAAAUGAACAAAAAAAAAAAAUACUGAUUGUAAAAUUUACCUACUACGUGUUAAAUGUAUGUUGACAAAUGUAUAGUUAACCACUAUAAACAAAUAUUAUAAAUUUUUAUUUUCUGGGAAUAUUUUAGCACUUUUUAUGCUUAACAUAAUCCAUUUUCUUUAGUUCUUCAAUUUUAUAUUAUUAUUAUUGUUUUACUAGUUGCUUAAUAUUAUGUGUAUGAUAAUUUGUAUCUACAUACAAUUUAAAUCUCCCAUGUCCUACAUUUGGUUUUACCAAAUAUACAAUUGAUAAAGUAAUGUUGCAGAUGUUUUGACAGGAAAUAAAUGUACAUUAUAAAUUCAAUGUAUAAGGGUUAAUGUUUUUUAUAAAUUAGGUUAGACUUUUACUGUUGAAAACAAAUUAUAUUUUAUGUUAUUAUAAAAUUUCAUAGAACUUUAUCAAAUUUGUUUGAUUUGUUUUUUAUUUAAAUUGUAAUUUUUUAAAUUUUACACUGAAUUAAUAUAUUUAAAUGUGUACAUUUUUGUACUUAAAUUACUGAAUUGUAUUUUAAGGCCAGGCCAAUUUAUUUGGUUAAUGUACAACUUUUUAUAAGUAUUUUUUUUUUUUUUUUACAAGAAAAAAAUGUAAAUUUUUUCCAAUCUUUAAUAAUAGUUACCAAGAAAUGUUUUCAUAAAUAAACUUUAACACAUUUCAGAUAUUUAAAUUAUAAUUGUAUUCAAUUAAUAUGAAUAAUUUAGUUAAUAUUGUGAUACCUUAAAUCAAUUGAAUUUUUUCGUCGGUUCUUUAAAGUGUAUUUGAGUUUAUAGUUAAUGAAAAUUAAUUUAAAAAAAUGAAAAACAAGGUAAAUUUUAAUUUGUUUCUUAAAAUUCCUCUUUUUUUUUUCUGGUCAGUAAUUAUUGUUUUAUAGCAACAAGUUCAGUGUUUGCUUAGUAUUUUUAUUAUAUAGUUUACAUGCUGUAAACGUAAUUUAUAAGCUUGUACAUUUUUACUUAACACUGUAUUGAGAUUAAGCUAAUUAUCGAAUAGGUUUAUUUUUUUUUGCCUUGCCUUCUGUUUUCAUAUAAACUUGUUUACAAUUGUUGUAUGUGUUGUUUUCGAUUUUAUUUGUAUUAUCGACUUACUGAAAACAACUGUUGUUCAACAACGACUUGCUCAUAAUAAUAAUAUAAGACUUGUGGGAUGGAUUACAUUUUUUUUUUUUUUAAGUAUUUAAUUAUAAUUUAUGGAACAUUAGUAAAUGUAUAGUAUAGGUGAUAAUAAAAUAAAGUGUAGUGUAAAAUGUAUUAAAUUAUAUUUAUAUACGUUUUAUGUAAUAUGUUUGAUGUGAUUAAACCAUUUGGUGUGUUUUCA